AUGCCUUCACAACGCCGAGUCAAGGUCUUUGCCCUGUUGGCAGCUCUGGCCGUCCUCAGUUUCAUCUACCUGUCUUCAGCGGGCUCAUCUACGCGAUCGAGCGCUUUCUACACAAGCACAUCAUCCGCACUCAACGCGAAGCACCAGGAAGCUCUUGACCUGGAGAAUCACCAAAAGAUCCAAGAAGUCCACGAAGCCGCCGAGAAGCAGAAGGAAGCCGCCAACAUCCGCGACCCCGAUCUUGCUGCCGUACCCGGUCAGAAGAAGAGCGUUGCCGGAAGAAAGAUAAUCAAGGGAGAGAAGGGAUUGAAGGACGACGGUGUGGCCAAGGUUGGAAACACGGGAGCAAAGCCUACACAAGCCGCAGAUGCCGAUGAUGAGUCCGAAGAGGAACACAAGGUCGAGACUGAAUUGAAUGCCAUCCUGAAGAAGAGCCCGAUCAUCAUCUUCUCCAAGAGUUACUGCCCGUACUCGAAGAAGGCAAAGGCUAUUCUGCUUGAGCAAUACAACAUUGUCCCUGCUCCCUACGUGGAGGAGCUCGACCUGCACCCUCUGGGCCCUCAACUGCAAGCCGCACUCUUGAAGACGACCGGCAGACGCACAGUCCCUAAUGUUUUGAUCAACGGCAAGAGCAUUGGAGGAGGCGACGAUAUCGCAAGCCUCCACGAGGAUGACAAGUUGGUUGCACAAAUCAAGGAGUUGGGAGGCAAGCGCAUCAUGGAGGUGACAAAGGCACCCCCAAAGGCCGCCGUCAACUUCAGAAGCUAA